CCGCCCCUCCGCUCGGUGCUUUCCCCGCCAGCUCCCGCCGCGAUGGCCCUUAACGGGCAGGAGCCCGACAGCGGAGCUGAGUCCCUCUCCUCGGAUGAAAAAGAAGUGGUGGCCAGCAGCACGGAGGGAGAUGGCUCAGCUGAGGAGCAUCCAGCAGGAGAGGACAGCUCAGAAAGCAGCUCCAGCAGCGGCUCAGAAGAUGAGACAGACGCAGAGCAGCUGGAUGGAAGAAGGUCAGAUGAAGAACAGCAGGAGGAGGAGGAGGAGGAGGAACAACCACCACCACCGUGCUACGAUGACUCAGGAGUGAGCUGCCUACCACCCUGCCAGCACUGCAGGAAGGAAAAUGACCAGAAGGAGCAAGUGACCCCCAGGAUCCUGUCUGGAGGACGGCAUGUGGUGCAUCUGGAUGGAGAAGGGACGUACCAGUGCAGCCUCACUGGGCUGAUUUUCGAGGUGACAGAGGCUGUCAAAAUCACAUAUUCCCUCUUGUCCUGGAGCAAGUAUGCCAACAAGGUGAAGAAGCCCUGGAUUGUAGGCGGCCCCCUCUUUGACGUGUGCUGCGACUCGCCUCCCGCUCUCACCUCCAUCCAGUUUCCCCACUCCCUCUGCUUGGGUGGUCACAGUGCUGCCAUGGUCUUCAAGGUUCUGCACAUCAAAGGGGAAGACGCAGUCAUCGAGCCCAGUGCCGACUACUCGGCGUCGCACGUCAAGUGGAUGGUGAGCUCCUUGUCACCAGUGGGGCCUCUCCUCCAGAGCCAGGAGCCAGUGCAGUAUCAUGGUGUUGUCAUCCUCUACAAAGUGGUUGACCAGCACCCCUCCUUGUCCUUCUGGGUCUACGUGGCUGCCAACAAUGACUCCCUUAUAAAGGACAUCUCCAAAGCUGUAAAAAAUUCCAAUAAGAAAUUCAUUAAAAUUGACAAGCCACCUGUGUGCCAGAAGUUACUUCAGAGUGGGAAGAGAUACAGAUUGAUGUGUGAGCCAGAGGCUGAGGUCACUCCAGAGGAAUUUGAGUUUGUGGAUGGAUCCCACUUCAAACUGAAGAAUUACAUCGAGGUCUAUUUGGAGAAACCUGAUGACUUCACCUUGUCUUUGGUUGAGCUGGAGUCGGAGGCGACCGUCUGGAAAGCAAAACUGCGAGAGAGUGACUGGAUUCAUUAUGACCAGAACAAAAACAAGCAGAGGAAGAGCACAGCCAGUGUCAAAAAAAGGAAACCAUCUUCAGAGGAUGAGCCCUGUCGCAAAAAACAGAAGACUGGCAGCCCUGCAGAUGAAACUGAAACAAAGAAAUUAACUGACCAGCAGCUGAUGGUGAUCGCCCAGAAAUUUGGAAGGCAGUGGAAAGAGAUUGCCAUUGAGUGCCUCCAGAUGGAAAUGAAAGACAUUGAGCAGAUUCAGGCGACUGAGGAAGGGGUGAACAUGCAAAAAUUUCUGGUGUUAAGCAAGUGGAGAGACAGAGAACAAAACAAAGGGACAGCAGAAGCUCUGUAUGCAAGUCUCCGUGAAAAAGCAUCCUACGAGAUCCUCCAGACCCUGCAAGGGUUCUCUGAGUUGGCAAAGCCACGUUAGGAGGAGGGUGGUGGCAGCUUCCUCGACUAGGUGCCCUUCGCCAGCUGCUUCCCUGGGAUGUGGCUGACCUUCAGGAUGGAAGAGGUGAGACAUCACCCCUCAGCAGAAGGCAAGAAAUGUGAAUGAAAUUUGGUGUGGAAAUAGACACACCCAAGACUCUUAGGAGCAAUGACUGGCAUGGUGGAUCCAUCACCAGCAGCGCUGAGCUUUGUGACCGAGGAAGCCCAGCACCCACUUUUGUCUGGUCUGAGCCAGACCUAAAGGAGAUGAACACUGGAGGAAAACCACUUUGCCUGGCUCGGGCACCUGGUGGUUAUCUAGGAAUGGGUUUAUUUCCAUCAGGGAAAAGGGGGAAGAAAAGUUUUAGGUGGAAACUUUCACCUCCUUCCAAGCAAUGAGCGAACUGCCAGAAUCAUGAGGUGCUUGGUGCUAGGCACAGAUUAUUCAGGGAAGGGCAACCUGAAACAUGCAGGUAAAUGCCUCUGUGUCAUCACUCUUUAUCUCCACAAUCACUGCACAGACCUGUGGGUCUGUUUCCUAAAGAUGGGAUCACCACUGAGAACUCCAGGCAGCUUUGGCUGUUCCUUGGGAGUACUUCUUCUUUUGCCUCUGUUCUGUACAGUCUUGUCUCAAUUUUUCUGAGAUCAUUUUGUAUGCUGUAUAUUAUUUUUGUUUGGUUGUUUUUUUUUACUUUUGUAUUUCUGUUUGUUUUAUAAACUUCUAAUACUUUUUUUUUUUUA